GUCUUGGUUGUGAACAUGACGGAGACGGGAACUCGUGCCCUGUUGGUGCUGGAUAUUUGAUGGAGGCACACUAUAUCAAACAUAACACCAAGAAAUGGUUGUUUUCAUCAUGCUCUAUUAAUUACAUCAGGCAAUUUAUCAAUACACUUAACAGUAAGGGAGACAACUGCCUGGCUCGAGUAGAUGACCACCACUCUGUGUCAGCACUGGGCGUGGCCACACAGAAAUGGGUAGGGGAGGUGUACACACCUGAUCAACUUUGUGUGGUGUAUUAUGGGAAAGGUUCUUACUUUUGUCGGCAUGAAUAUGAAGGUAAUUUCACAGAGGUUUGCACGAAGUUUUGGUGUUAUGAUGCGACAAGAGACGGCUGUUACUAUAACGAAGCUGGCAAUGGUAUCGCUUGUGGGUCAGGCUCGUGGUGUGUACAGGACAUUUGCAAGAAGGAUCAGAGAGCUCCGUCGCAUUCAGAUUCACACUGUCUUGCCGGUGACCAGGAGGGCAUUGUAGAAAAUCACCAAACAUGUGCACAAAUUGUGAAGAGCACGCCUUAUAAAUGUCUCCAGAACAGAUUUAAAUACAAAUGUUGCGAUUCGUGCAAACAGGCGAACGCCCAAUCUGUUUCCGUGGACACCCAAUGCCAGAAUAAAUUUGGAAGCGGAUCUUCUUUUUGUCGGGGAGCUCACACAUACAGGGAUAAUGGAUUUUCCAAGCUAUGUGAAAACCUGUUGUGUACGAACGUGACGGCUAAAAACUGGUGUAAUGGAAUGGACGCCUACGAGAAGACGUCGUGCGGGGACAGAAAGUGGUGCAUAAAUGGACAAUGUGUGCAUGAUGCCAAUGCUCCUCAAUCAAAUGAUGCUUGUCCAAUGGGGGAUAUACAAAACGAUAGAUCGGUUACACAUUAUCAUCUAACAUGUGCGGAAUUAGCCGUGCAGAAACCAAGGGCGUGUUACAGUUCACAUACCGCUGGUGCUUGUUGUGAAACGUGUGACAGAAUAAAACAACCCGUCAAAGGUUGUGAGUAUGGUGACCAUCAUUCUGGCUGUACAAAAAGUCAUUGUGGAAGUUACAAUCAGGAUAGACUUAAUACAUGCUGUCAUACAUGCAGGGGUACAUCUAUUGUCGGCUAGAAUUACCUGUUGUUAUAAGAAAAUAAUAAAAGCUUUGGAAUCA